ACACGAGCUACGACCGAUGUUUGACAGCAUUCGACAUUACUAUUUCAAGUGUUGUGAAAUCGUGUUGUAUUUCUAUGGUUUCCGGUUCUCGGGAAAAAAUAAAAGCCAUAAUAAGUUUUAAAUCACGUAUAAAAACAGUUUUCAAGUGAAAAUGUCCAAGCCAUCAACCGCGUUUCUCGAUGCUGACUCGUCACUGAUAGAGAAGAAUCUACGCUUUGUGCGGGAUGAGACGGAAGAGGAAUUCAAUAACAUGUUUGGCCCGAUAAUGGAACAAGCGCAGGACAUCAGCAGCGGACGAUCGAAGAUCGUUAAGCCAUCGCCUGGUUUUUGUGUGAAAGCAUUCCGGCAAGACAACAGGGAAAAAUUUUUCCUGAACAUCUGUCAAACCGAUGGAAUCCCACCGCCGGAAGACAUCACCGAGGACCAGCUGUUGGCGAUUCUGAACGAUGGCUCUCCCGGCUCGUUCAAAAUUCCCAUGAGCAUCACCCAACCACGGUCGACGCAGGACAGCUCGGACAAGACCUGCCAGGUGUGCGAUAUCGCCGUAAGCUGCAAGUUUUUCUCGAAGAUAGAAAAAGGUGGCCUUAUGCGAGAUUUCUUAAUUACGAUUAUUUUCGAGGGAAUCAACACCAAAUACAACAUCGCACUCAGUGCAACGGAUUGGCGAGUGCUAAAAAACAAAAAGGUUAUCGGCAAACUGAUCACGCACAACAUUCAAAAUCGCGACGUGAAAACAGUUUACGAGAACUACAAGAAUCCUACCCAGGCUGACUUGCAGACGAUUCAGCAGCUGGAUAAUCCGAAGGGUACGGAAUCUCUGAAGCCGAAGAAGAAGUUGAUCGAGGUGAUGGAUGCUGACGUUGCCAAAACAAUAAAAAAUGUGAAGAACGAAAUGUCGGGUAACGAUGAGUACAUUCCGGAUCCAACCAAAGUGGCGAUUUCACGGGCCGGUUCGAAAAAGCCCGAUUGUCGGUUGUUCCGCGAACCAGCUGUCGGCAACCCCAAAGUACUGAUUGGAGAGUUCUACUUGCCGCAAUGUAUUUCUGCCAAUGAAAUAACUUUGGAUGUUGGUGAGGAUAGAAUUCUUCUGGAAGCGAGGAAAAAAGGGUAUCUGCUGGAUGAGUUCGUGGCUUAUAAAAUUGACACAAAUCUGGUGCAAGCGCGUUUCAAUACCGAAACCAAUGUGCUUGAUGUAAUUAUGCCAAUUCUCGCUGGUUGAAUCCAUGCGUUGCAGAAUCAAAAUAAAUUAGUAUUAUCGCAGGAUUAUGGAUUAUGAAUAUAGACAGAUUACAAGUAAUUAUUUUCCCUUCAUAGAACGAAAUAAAUCCUACUCGUUUGGGCAU